UCGUUAUUCUCGCUACCCGUCGUCAGCAAACUGUCAUGGCCGACUACCAAGAGGCGCCCUUGGCAACACGGCCAAAAACAUUGGACCCAAAUGAAUAUUUUAAUCUUUCGCCGGAGUAUCGACGAGCUGAGGAGGCUCGGGCGGCACUGCGGGCGAACCUGAAGAGGCAGUACCAGAUGCAACUUAACAAUCCGCAUAGAAAAGAGCUUAUUGAAGAUCCCGCCCUGACGCGCUGGGUGUACGCCCGUGCCAACCCCUACCCACACUUCAGGGCCACAAACAAGACAUCUCUGCUGGGCGCCAUGUUUGGGGUGUUUCCGCUCUUCUUCUUCUACUACGUCUUCAAAACAGACAGGGACAGGCGAGAGCAGCACAUUAAAGACGGAACCCUGGAACGCAAGUUCAGUUUGUCAUCAUGAGUGCCACUGUACAAAGACCACGCUUGUUUUGGUGUGUGUAAUUAUUAACAAAAUAAAACUAUACUGUCAUUGACA